AUGCGGCCCUCUCCGCGCGCAUUGCCAAGCAGUUUUGAUAUAUCCGAUGCUGGACGACCGGACAAUCACCAACCAUGCGAGAGAACGGGCAACCUGCCCUGGAAGGAUGAGCAGCACCAGCGACCUUCGACGGAGCUCUUCGAUAUCAAUCUCAACUCAGUGGUGUUUGGCCAAAAGCUGGGGAUCCCUCACAUGAAGAAGCACGGUGACGGCCCAAUUGUCGUCCUGGGAUCUGCCACGUCCUGCAUCUCUAUCUCUUCGCAGCCGCUCUACGCAGCCAGCAAGCAUGCUGUCCUCGGGUUGGCCCGCUGCACAGCACAUAUUGGUGAAGCCGCUGAAUCGUGCAUUUACAUCUCGUCGGUUGCCCCAUGGUUGACGUUGACUUCUAUGGUGGAGGGGUAUCCAGGAGACGACUCGCCCGGAUACCCUUCAAAGCUCGCCGGAAGAUGCGGCGUGGGUGAUUAG